UGUGUGCGUGUGUGUGCAUCUGUGCAGUGAGAGUAAAAGCACAGUGACUACUUCUUCUUCUCUUUUUUGUGGAGUGAAUGUUGGUGGCUUGGUGUGUGUGUGUGUGAAGCAGAGUACAUGUGUGUCUGUGUUGUGGAAGGAGAUGCUGCUGGGUGUGAUGGCUCUUUUGCAUUAGUACUUGAGCGAACAGGAGAGUUGGAGCCAGUUGUUUUGUGGGACUCGCGGGGAAUGGCAAACUCCACGGUAUCCUUGGAAACAUCUGACUAAAUGACAAUGGCUGAGGCUAUCUGCUGCACUUUGGUGAACUGUAACUGUGACAGCUUCAAGCCUGGGAAGCUGAAAAGGAGGCAGUGUGAAAACUGCAAGCAUGGCUGGGUAGCACACGCCCUGAGUAAGCUGAAGGUGCAUCACAUGUACCAGAGCAGCCAGGUGGAGAUUGUGCAUUCCAACGUGGUGUUCGAUAUCUGCAGCUUGAUGCUGUAUGGCACCCAAGCCAUCCCAAUCCGCCUCAAGAUCCUCCUGGACCGCCUAUUCUCUGUCCUUAAGCAGGAGGAGGUUAUCCAGAUCCUAAAUGCACUUGACUGGACCCUGCAGGACUAUAUACGAGGAUAUGUCCUCCAGGAUGUUGCAGGAAAGGUGCUGGACCGGUGGGCCAUCAUGACAUUUGAGGAGGAGAUUGCCACAUUGCAGCAAUUCCUGCGUUUUGGCGAGACCAAGUCCAUAGUUGAACUGAUGGCUCUGCAGGACAAGGAGGGCCAGGCAAUAUUAGUUCCCAGCACCCGUACCAACUCAGAUAUCCGCACUUUCAUUGAGCGUAAUGCCCCACGCACUGCAGCCAACCUGUCUACAUCCAAAGUUGAUAAGCUAAGCGGCAACAGCAUGCACCAUUUCGAAAACUUUAUCAAUAGCAUGGCCUUCAUGCUGCCAUUCCAGCUAUUAGGCUCUGUUCCUGCACCAUUUCUGGGCUCACCAACAGGGACAAUGCAGCAGCAGCACCAGCAGCCGUCAUGCCGGGGAUCAUUGGAGCAUCAGAAUCAAAGACUAGAUGAUCAAGGGCAGGAGGGCCGAGGGAGGGACAGCCUCAUCUCUCUUUCACACCCUCCAGAGAACAGCCUGCUAGGUUCCACCUCUGUCUUAUUCACUGCUGAUCUAGACCGAAGUGGAGACAAGCCAAUGGACAGCCUCUCCACCACCACCAAGAUCGAGGCAGAGGAAUUCUCCACUAGUGAUAACUACUCGGAUGGACCCUCCACGCCAUGCACACCCUCCAUGAGCUCUGAUGUAACACAGAUGUCACCUGAUGGCAAGCUGCGCUCCCUGGACAGGAAUGGGAGUGGCAGUGGAGGAGUCUCAGGAGGGGCAGGAGGCUCUCUGAAGAAGGGCCGUGUUUUUUGCAACGCUUGUGAGAAAACGUUCUACGACAAAGGCACACUGAAAAUCCAUUACAAUGCAGUUCACCUGAAGAUUAAGCACAAGUGUACCAUUGAGGGCUGCAACAUGGUGUUCAGCUCGUUGCGUAGUCGCAAUCGCCAUAGUGCCAACCCAAACCCACGGUUACACAUGCCAAUGAACCGUAACAAUAGGGACAAAGACUUACGUGGCAGCUUGUCUGGCGAUGAGAGUUCUCAAGGAGAGAAGAGGCCUGAAUAUGGAAGCCCCAUCCCUGUCUGUUCUGCAGAAAGCCAUAAGUCAGUGCCCAGCUACAUGGUGAGCCAUGUGGACACUAGCUCUAAACUCCACAACAGCUCAUUCCCCAGCAUGGGCCAGAGUGGCAUCCUCUUCCCUAAUUUAAAAACAGUACAGCCAGUUCUACCUUUCUACCGCAGCCUGGUAACCCCACCAGAGCUUGCGAACACUCCAGGAACACUACCCUCCCUCCCUCUGUUGUCCUCCUCUGUACCCAUCAAACCCAUCACUGCCCCUGAACCCUACAUGACAGACCCUAUACCAAAGAAAAAGUCUCGGAAGUCAAGCAUGCCAAUUAAGAUAGAGAAGGAAGCAGUCGAGCGUGAGGAACAGAUGAAUAAGGACAGCAGCUCUGAAGAUGAGGCUCCAUUACAGGGCAGGGACAAAGAAGAGUGUGAUGGCAGCCAAGCAGAGGGGCAUAUGUGUGCAAGACAAGCUGGGGAGGAGAAGGAGUUAAAAGGGGCUUACAUUGGUGAGGAGAAGAAAAGGGAGGGUGCCAAGCAUCUGUUGGACCAAACUUUAGGGAGAGAUAUGACAGAGAGGGAGGACAAAGAUGAUGGACCAAGGCAAACUGAAAAAGGGGUCAUCACCUGUGCACCCCCACCCUUCGAAAACAGACUGAUGGAGAACCACUGUGACAGCAGCUUACUCUGCCCGGAACCCAGUGCCAAUGAAGAAAGGGAGAAUAGACCAUAUGCAAACACAUUGCAUGUAGCUGACAAAAUUUCGGAGCUCAGAUGGGAUGAGGGUGAGCACAGACUGGCUAACGGGGGCACUCCCCAGCUCAUACAGCAUGACAGGGAUGGAUCAGAUGGCUACAUAGACGACUUUGGUGACUCAGGUUUGUCUCACCUCGACCCUACCGCUGACCUGCCACACCACUGUGAGAUCUGCAGUAAGACCUUUAAGAACCCCUACAGCGUCAAGAUGCACUACCAAAAUGUCCACCUGAAGGAGAUGCACAUGUGCACAGUGGAUGGCUGCAAUGCUGCCUUCCCCUCACGCAGGAGCCGAGACAGACACAGUGCAAAUUUGAACCUUCACCACAAGCUGCUAACCAAAGACUCAUUCAGCCCAGCCAGCACUCGCUACUCACCUUCUGUUGGCCUGGAGUACUGCCAAGAUCAGCGGGACAGAGAUCUGCCCCAUCGAGACACAACCAGCCAGACCUCCGUCAUCUUCAGAGGUCAAAACCGCAUGGGCCUCGUCUUCCCCAUGAGCAAAAUGUCUGCUGUGCCAUACAAUACUGAGGCAUCUCCCUUAAGAGAGAUAGAGGCAGUAGGAAGAGGUGUAGAAGAUGGUGCUAGUGGGGAGGACGGGGCAGUCCUGGACUUGAGCACCUCCUCUUCUGCCCCACCCUGCGGCAACGGCAGUGCUCAGUCUUCCUGGGACUCUGAUGGAGCUGGUAGUGAGGAAGGGGUUGAAGAGGAUGAGGAGGCCCUCCAAAUGGGGGACAGUGAUGAAAGCUGCGAUGGGAUCAGUGGGGGGAGGCCUGGGGGCGAGGAGUUGGCAAUUGUGGGAGAGAGGACCCCAGGCUGCACUGGGGGAGGACAAAGCGGGCUUCAGGGAAGUGGGGGUGGAUCUCCGAUAACUUGCCAUGUCUGCCAAAAGGUCUACAGCAACAAGGGCACAUUCAGAGCCCAUUACAAGACUGUCCAUCUGAGACUGCUUCACAAGUGUAAAGUUCCUGGCUGCGACACAUCCUUCUCCUCUGUGCGAAGCAGAAACAGGCACAGCCAGAACCCUAACCUCCACAGGAACCUAGCUGUUAGCUCAGGUGCUGCAAUGGACCAGGAGUAGGGAUUUGAAUUUAUAUGCCAAUGUGACUGAUUUCCUUUGCUCCAAUUGUUGUUUGUUGUUGUUGUUUUUCAUUUUUGGGCAUCUAAAGAAGGUUCACCAAUUAGCACGUUUAAGAUUCCAUACUGUAGUUCUUCGUGUUAUCAUAUUUUGUAGUACAAUCAUGAGUUGUUUUGUUGUUGCAAAUACAACUUGCUGUUGUCAUAAAUGAAUUUGACUGCAAGACAAAAAUUGAAAACUAUUAAAUGGAUCUGUCUGUGUCUAUACAUCCACAUGUAAAGAACAACCAAAACCUCCAUGUGGCAGUACAUUUGUUUUCAGCAUUGAUCUCUUUUACAGUAAUGCAGUAUGGAUUUCCUUGUUUUAUUUGGCCACAGAGCCCAGUUUAGAUCUUAAAAAUUUUCAUUCAUGUGAAAAAAAAGUUUUGUUUUCCAAGUGGGAGUUGAGCCAUGAAACAGUAUCAUGUGCGUAAUGUUUUUCCAGUGUUUUUGCUGUCAAAUGCCCAUUUCUUCCCUGUAAAGCUGUGCACAAUGUAUUGAUCAGAAGCAGUAGUGAAGUAAGCUCUACAUGUGUCAUUUCAUUCAUUUUGACAAUGUUCUUUAAAAAGAGUCUUUGUUGAAAAGCCGUAGUGUUGUGAGCUUGAUCAGUAAGUUACUGUGUGGUGUUAUAUGAUCUAUCUUUACUGUUCUGGCUGUCGCAUAAUGCUAAUGUUGACCAAAGAUUUUUUCAGUCCACAGGUGUGUAUAGAAACCCCUUCACACUGUACAAGGGGUAUGCAGUAUUAAAAGGGCCCACCCAGUCUUCAACCAUCUUUUGUGAUUAACAGCAGUAUUCAGAUGUGGGCUCUAUUGUAAAAAAAAAAAAAAAAAAGAAAGAAAGAAAGAAAGAAAGAAAGAAAGAAAGAGAGAAAGAAAGAAAAGAAAUCACCCAGAAAUAAAACAAAAAACUAAACAAAAAAUUUUGACUGACAGGGUGAGAAAACUAUUCUGAUUCCAGUGGUGUUUUUAUAAAAAGAAAUGUGCUCAUGGGAGUAGACUUGAUUAAGGCAUUGCUCAUGUAUUUGUGUGGUUACUAGCAGUAUCCUGAGUGACUGGACAAACAGCAGGAACAUAUGCUGUAUCUGGAAGCUAGAAACAUGUACUGUGAAUGAGUCAAACACUGAGAAAUAAUAAUGUAAACAAAUGCAAUUUAUGAUAAUGACCCCACACACAAACGCACCCUAAAAAGAGGACUAGUAAACUAAAUGUUUAUUAAACUGUAUAUUCUGUGAAUAGAGUAAUUUGUUAUCUGAAAGAGACCAAAAGAUAUACUGUAUAAAAUAAGUUACUUUCACUACUAAGAUUAUGUCAAUCUUUUUCUUUUUUUCUCAAAAAAGGAAUAAAUAAAAACAUUGUGUUGUA